GUCUUUACGCAAAGGUUAUCAGAAUUCGGCAGAAGUAAAAAUGCAGGGCCAAAUGCUUUUCAAACAUCCAUUAAUUGGCGGUAGGCUACAUGGAUCUAACACCAUUUUUCACCAAUGUGUCGCCUUUAUAUGUUUACUUUGGAAACGGGCCUCCCUCUCCACAAGAGUUCGACAAUAUGGGUGCUGUUGUACAGUGCAUAUAGGCCUAGUUAGCAGGAAUAAAAAGACCAAGACUAUUGUCCUAGUGCCUGAAAAGACAUGAAAGCACUUUGAAUUGGAUUUACCCACUACAGGCUGCCGCGGAGGACCCACAGAGAUUGUCAGUACGUGGAUUUUCAGAGGUAUUACGUAUGCCUCAAGAUUGACGUACCGGUACUUAACAUAGGCCUACUGUUUUGAGACUUCACCAGCUAUAAUAAGGGUGCCGUGAGCUUGUAAGGCCCAAAAUUGAGGCGAAGCGUUAUGUGGCCUUACCAAGGGCAAGACAUCGAACAGGGACUCAAGUUGACUUGAAUAUUCUUAUUAUCUUUCGGCGAAGAACUGAGGCGGUUUAUCAACUAGACAGGCGUUACAAACAGCAAGGAUGCUCUCUAUAGGCACCAAGUUCCUGGUGGUGAGCCAGGUUUUUACAGCGGUAAUUUUGUACCAAGUCAUCAACUUGUACCAAAACUGGAGGGACACAAGCGCCUGGCAGGCUGUUUUCAGGGGGCUAGUGGUAUUCCUGACGGGUGCCGGAGGCCUUGUCACCUAUGACAUAUAUAGGAAACGACCCGCUAAAAGCCACACGUGGAGGACGGUGUUACUUCAGUACACUCUUACACAAAUAUCCCGAGUUUUUGCGUAUUUUUCUCUUAGGAAUUUUGAGACAGCAAGCAAGAACAUCAGCAAGAUGCAAGAAGAUGCGUUAAUGUUUUACAUUCGCACGCUGGAAAAUACGGAGUUUGGCAAGAAACACAAUUAUUCUCAGAUGCGGACGAGGGAAGAUUUUUUGAAACUGCACCCAGUUUUGUCCUAUGCCGACCUUAAACCUUACAUCGACAAAACUGUAGCGGGAGAAAAAAACCAAAUCACUCCAUUUGACCCGUUUUACAUCGCUUUUACUUCAGGGACCACUGGUAAAAACAAAGCGUUCGUAUAUUCAAAAGAGAUGUUUGCCAAACCAUCAAAGAUGUUUAAAAGUCUUCUUUUUUCUACCGUUAGCUUCAAAAGAGCUGGGCUAUGGGAUCACCUGAAACGUUUUCACGAGGUCAGAAUAGGAGUCAAGACAGAUUUUACGGACAGUGGCGUAAAAACUGGACCAAUAGCUGGGCUGUAUGGAUUCUUUCCAAGUUAUUUGGUUUCACCACGUGUCGUGUAUGACGUCACUACCGAAAACGAGUCCCAUUAUUUACAUGUACUCUUCGCACUAAAAGAUCCUGGUAUUGGGGCUUUUAACUUCUCUUUCCCGUCUGUUGCUACCCGGUUUUGUCAAACUUUGGAACACCAAUGGCCACAACUAUGUGACGAUAUAGAACACGGUACCCUAAAUACUGACUUGGACAUACCCGAGGACAUCAGGGAAAAGUUGCAGACCGAUAUGAGGGCGGAUCCCCAAAGAGCUGUUGAAGUUCGAAGAAUUAUAAAGCAGGGCUUUGACGGCAUUGUGCGCCGUUUAUGGCCGGAAUGUAACGCAGCUCUAAUGUUGUGUUCGGGUUCUCUUCUCCUUGAGGCCGAAGGAUUGAAGAAACAUUAUAUGAAAGACGUUCCGUUUUGCAAUCCCGCUCAUGCAGCUACGGAGGGGUUAUUCGGGUUUUGUGAUCCCGCCGACAACGGCCAAACGCGUUUCAUUAUGACGGCUUCCUUAAAUCACUUCGACUUUAUCCCCCUGGAGGAAACAGAUAAACCAUCUCCCCGUGUGGUACCUAUUGAGGAGGUACAAAUAGGACAGUGUUAUGAACUGGUUGUAACAACUGCGGUUGUCAUGCGUUACAGACAAGGUGACGUGGUGAAGAUAGUGGAUUUUCACAACCAGGUUCCAGUAUACGAGUUCCAAUAUAGACUGGGACAGAUGUUAAAUCUUUUCUGGGAAAAGAUGACCGAGGGCGCCUUUGUCCACGCACUCCGAGGAGCAGCCAACCGCAUCGAUGUUGACAUAGCUGAAUAUACUGCGACGGAGAACGUCAACUUUGAAGCUAUCGCUGAGCCUCUACAAAAUGGAAGACACUAUGUAUUGUUUAUGGAGUUGUCAGAAAACUCGAACAAGGAACAAACGAGAAUGACUUCACAACAGAAGCAGAUGUUUGAAGACGUUUUGUAUGAAGAACACGAAGUUUACAAUAUGUUGAGAGAUAAUGGAAAUAUUCUUCCCAUGAAAGUUAUCCAAGUGAAGACCGGGGCAUUUAAUGCCUUGAGGGACGCCGCAGUGGAGAGCAACCCUCGUGCAAGUCGAUUCCAGUACAAGACACCGCGCGUGCUGAGGGCACCUGAUCGUCUGCGCGUUCUGUGGGACUCUCGCCUGUCGUGAUGGGUGGGAUGCAGCCACUGGUUUAAUUUUCUGUAUUGACCGCGAGCAUUAUGACGUUAAGUGCUUAAUCCAUGUUACUGCAGCUUUCGUCUCGAUGUAUAUGUAAUAACCACGGUUUUGAACGUCUAUGUAACAUGACAGAUUUAAACUUAAAAUUAAAAUUUAAAAGUAAACUUACAGCUUAAUGGUCAGACACAUCUCUGAACGUAUUCAAAUACUAUACAUUUUCGAGUCAUUAUGAAUCAGAAUAUAUGGUUUAAGGCACGAAUACAGCAAGCCUUAAUAUUGAAAACUGAUGCAUGAUAAUCAUUUUGUUC